AUGAUUGGUCGAAUUAGUACAAGGAGAUUCUUGUCUAUUACUCCAAGAUUAUUAAAUCAAAAUAAACCUUUAAUUAAACCAAAACAAUCAUUAAUUAAAAAAGUGGUUAAAUAUAGUUUGGGUACAACUAUUUUAGCUGCAAUUGGUUUUACUGGUUUUAUUGGUUAUAAAAUUUAUGAAGAAAGUUCUCCUGUUCAACAACAACCUCAAAGUCCAACUUUUCCAAAUGGACAAAAAAGGAAAACUUUAGUUAUAUUAGGUUCUGGAUGGGGAUCAAUUCCAUUAUUAAAAAAUUUAGAUACUACUUUAUAUAAUGUUGUUAUUGUUUCACCAAGAAAUUAUUUCCUUUUUACUCCGUUAUUACCAAGUGUUCCAACUGGAACUGUUGAAUUAAGAUCAAUUAUUGAACCAGUUAGAUCAAUUACAAGAAGAUGCCCUGGGGAAGUUAUAUAUUUAGAAGCUGAAGCUACUGAAAUUGAUCCAAAGAAUAAUAAAUUAAUUAUUAAACAAUCAACAACUGUUCAUUCAGGUCAUUCAGGUCACGAUACUACAUCUUCAAAAUCAACUGUUUCUGAAUAUACUGGAGUUGAAGAAAUUUCUACGAGUUUGCAUUAUGAUUAUUUAGUUGUUGGUGUUGGUGCGCAACCUUCUACAUUUGGUAUUCCUGGUGUUGCUGAAAAUUCAUCAUUUUUAAAAGAAGUUAGUGAUGCAAGUGCAAUUCGUAAAAGAUUAAUGGAUGUAAUUGAAGCUGCAAAUAUUUUACCAAAAGAUGAUCCUGAAAGAAAAAGAUUAUUACAUGUAGUUGUUUGUGGUGGUGGUCCAACUGGUGUUGAAGCUGCUGGUGAAAUUCAAGAUUAUGUUGAUCAAGAUUUACGUAAAUGGGUACCUGAAGUUAGUGGUGAAAUUAAAGUUACAUUAGUUGAAGCAUUACCAAAUGUUUUAAAUUCAUUUAAUCAAAAAUUAAUUGAUUAUACAAAAGAAGUUUUCAAAGAUACAAAUAUUAAUUUAAUGACUAAUACAAUGAUUAAAAAAGUUAAUGACAAAACUUUAAUUGCGUCACAUAAAAAACCUGAUGGUUCAAGUGAUACUUUAGAAAUUCCUUAUGGUGUUUUAAUUUGGGCAACUGGUAAUGCUGCAAGAUCAUUUACAAGAGAUUUAAUUUCAAAAAUUGAUGAACAAAAGAAUGCAAGAAGAGGUUUAUUAAUUGAUGAAAGAUUAAAAGUUGAUGGUACUGAUAAUAUUUAUGCUCUUGGUGAUUGUACAUUUACAAAAUAUCCACCAACUGCUCAAGUUGCAUUUCAAGAAGGUCAAUAUUUAGCUACAUUAUUUGAGAAAUUAAAUCAAAUUGAUUCAAUUCAGUAUGCAAUUCAAAAUCCAUCAGCUAAUCAGAAUAUUGAAAGAUUAAGUAAAAAAUUAACUAGAUUACAAAAUGAUUUACCUAAAUUUGUGUAUAAUUAUCAAGGUUCAUUAGCUUAUAUUGGUUCAGAGAAAGCUGUUGCUGAUUUAGUUUGGGGUGACUGGUCAAAUAUAACAAGUGGUGGUAAUUUUACAUUUUUAUUUUGGAGAUCUGCUUAUAUUUAUAUGUGUUUAUCAAUUAAGAAUCAAGUUUUGGUUACUUUAGAUUGGAUAAAAGUAGCAUUAUUUGGUAGAGAUUGUUCUAAAGAGUAA